ACUGUACAUGGACAACUCUGGGCAUGCUGCAGAGCUUGGGGUUGGAGCUGGUAGGACAACAUCAUCUAAUACAGGUAGUGGUGGUGGACAUGGUGGACAAGGUGGUGGACCAUCUCCUAACUUUGGUGGGGCUGCUUAUGAUUCUAUAUAUACACCAACCCAACUGGGUAGUGGAGGUGGUAACGCAGGCACAGUAAAGGGUGGACCAGGUGGCGGAUAUUUACAUUGGAAAGUUGGGAAGUUGUUAGAAUUGAACGGAAUACUUCGAGCAAGUGGUGGCAAUGCAUUGGGUCCUAAUGCUGGUGGGGGUUCUGGUGGAUCCAUAUUGAUUGAAACAACCAAUAUAACUGGACAUGGUGAGAUCAACGUCCGAGGUGGCCUUGGUGGUUCCGGUAGUGGUUAUGGUGGUGCUGGUGGAAGGAUUGCAGUGAAAUGUAGAUGGAGAUAUCAGUAUGGUGGGAAGUUUAUUAACGCUGGUGGAUUGGGAGGUUCUAGUUCAUUGUUACUUGCAGCUGCUGCAGGUACAACUUACAAAGAAGAGAAUAUGCGGCCACCUCAAUACAGGGAGCUUAAAUAUAACCCCAGCAAGAACCAGACCUAUCUCAAAGUUGACCAUACAUAUAUACAUGCUGAUAAUGAAGGAAAUGAUGUACCACCUGCAACUGUUAUCAUGGAGGAAAACACCUUUUAUUAUGAGUUUGAUGAAGCUGAGCUCACUGGAUAUGCGAGGCUUAUAUUUUACCAUCCUGAUUCGGAAAUGCACAAAGCG